AUGAUGAUUAAUAUCUCUUCGAAAGGAUCUAUAGUACAUUUGGUGAAAUUGACUUCCUAUACAUCAAGAUUCUAUACAAUGUCAAGCAUUAAAUCCAGCUUCAGGGCCGAAACUGACUCAUUCGGUGAAAUUAAUGUGCCUAAUGAUAAAUAUUGGGGUGCUCAAACUCAAAGAUCAUUACAGAAUUUCAAGAUAGGUGGAGAGAGAGAAAAGAUACCAAUUCCAAUUAUUGAAGCGUUUGGUAUUUUGAAAAAAUCUGCUGCUAUUGUCAAUGAAAGACUAGGUACUUUAGAUUCUGAAUUGGCUAAAAAUAUCAUAAUUGCUGCCGAUGAAGUGUCUCAAGGCAAAUUGAAUGAUCAUUUCCCAUUAGUUGUUUUCCAAACAGGUUCAGGAACACAAUCUAAUAUGAACGCAAACGAAGUUAUCUCAAACAGAGCUAUUGAGUUAAUGGGUGGAAAAUUAGGUUCUAAAACGGUCCACCCAAAUAAUCAUGUUAACCAAUCACAAUCAUCAAACGAUACUUUCCCAACUGUAAUGCACAUUGCAGCCAUGCUAGAAAUUACAAGGAAAUUAUUACCUGAACUGAAUAGUUUGAAAAAUUCUUUGGAUAAAAAAUCAAAUGAAUUCAAUGAUAUUGUAAAAAUUGGUAGAACUCACUUACAAGAUGCUACACCAUUGACAUUGGGUCAAGAAUUUAGUGGUUACGUCCAACAAAUGACCAAUGGUAUUAGAAGAAUUGAGACUGCUCUAUACCAUCUAAAAUUUUUAGCUCAAGGUGGUACUGCGGUUGGUACUGGUCUAAACACUAAAGCUGGUUUCGACAAAUUAAUAGCAGAGCAAAUUUCGGAAGAAACUGGCAUAAACUUUGAAACUGCCCCAAAUAAAUUUGAAGCCUUAGCUGCACAUGACGCUAUAGUGGAGGUAAGCGGUGCUUUGAAUACUUUAGCAUGCUCACUUUUCAAGAUUGCGCAAGAUAUUAGAUACUUAGGUUCCGGUCCACGUUGCGGUUAUGGUGAGCUAAGUCUUCCAGAAAAUGAGCCUGGUUCUUCAAUUAUGCCAGGAAAAGUUAAUCCGACUCAGAAUGAGGCAAUGACCCAAGUAUGUAUUCAGGUAAUGGGUAAUCACUCUACUAUCACUUUUGCUGGUUCUCAAGGUCAGUUCGAAUUGAAUGUUUAUAAACCAUUACUUAUCUCCAAUCUUCUGUCCUCUAUAAGAUUGUUAACUGAUGCAUCUUACUCAUUUAGAGUCCAUUGCAUCGAUGGCUUGAAGGCAAAUAGGGAGAACAUAACCGAAAAUCUAAAUAAAUCUUUAAUGCUCGUGACUGCAUUGAAUCCAUACAUUGGUUACGAUAAUGCGUCCAAGAUUGCUAAGAAUGCUCAUCAUAAGAAUAUUACUUUGAAAGAGUCAGCCCUAGAAUUAGGUUUAUUAACUGAGGAACAAUUCAGUGAAUGGGUUAUCCCAGAAAAGAUGAUAGGUCCAAAACAAUAA